GUACUGGCCCAUCUUUGUGAGCGGCCUGCAAGGUGCAACAACACCACACUCGCGGCUUCGCGAUAGACAUGCGGCCCGGCUGCAGUCAUCUCGAGGAUCUGAUCAAGCACCUUCUCGGGUUUCGUCAUCUAGAAGUGGUGGUAGGUGUGUGUGUGUGUGAUUGGUCAGCAUCAAUGAGUUUGGGCUCGUGAGAUGUUGUCGUCACGCAAGGGGAGGCAGCGGGGGCCCUUCCCACCAGCUGCUGAGCAACGACGUGCAGAGAACGAGCCCUGAAAAGCCGUGAGUAGUUAUUUCGACCUCGCCAUCGGGCUAUCUGCGUGAACAGGGUAAUUUAAGACAACCUGGGUUCCAGCGCCCUUUCUCAUUAAGGAACAGUUUACAACCCCAGUCAAGCAGUUGUUCAAGAAAAUUCCUUAAAACCGAAGACCUGACAUUAUGUCUUCCACGGAAACCGUUGCCCUCUACGGCCACGGCAAGCUCAGAUUCGGUUCUGGCCAUCUUACUGACAAUCGACCCAAAGGCUACACCCCUAAUCCGGCGAAAGUGGCCAUGAUCCUGGAGGAGCUCGAGCUUCCCCCUGUCAUGGUCGACCUCGCCGUCGGACCCGAACUCGGGAGUUCGCCCUCUGGGAGUUCGGCGCCAUUAUUGAAGUGCCUUGUCGAGACUUACAACGCCAGCGGCAGGGUCUCGCAUCCGUCGUCGCCGCAACAGUUUCUCGUGAAGAAGCGGCCGUGUUUCCAGAUAUCGCGCCAGGUUCGUAGCCCCCCUCCCCCCCUUCUCCCCUUUGCUUCCGGUGGUUCGCUCCUCGCUCCCACCUUCGCGACAGCUUUCGUGUGGGGCCCCUACUUUGGCCAGCUCAGCUGGGUCAAGAUCCUCCACUCAGAGGACGUUCCUAGCGCAAAGCAGCGCUACGAGGAGCAAACCGUCCGCAUCCUCUCCGUCCUCUACCGCGCCCUCGGGGGGAAGCAGUACCUCGUCAGAAACAGAGCGUGCGUUUGACCCUACCUACCCCUGCUGUCCGCCAUUCUCAAGUUCCCUCUUUCGCACUUGUCCCUGAUCACGUUCUCAACUCACCCAGGCUCUGGGCCCACUGCUGUGCAAACCGAAGAACUGACAAGACCAAAAACCUAAGAAUCUACGUUGACAUGGCCUUCAAGACUGGGAACUAACUCGCCCGACGUCUACGUGGUAUCUCCUGAACAGCUAAGUGGGACAUCGACGGCAAGUACCCCGACUACGCCGACUGGACCGCCCGGGUCCGCGCCCGGCCCGUCCUCGACGACGUCUUGAAGACCAU